AUGGUGAGGCUCUUCAAUCAUUCCAAGACAGGGACGAUAUUACAUUCUAAAGAUGAGCAUCAAAAUAAUGAUAAAACUAAACAAGACAAAAAUGCAAAUGAAAAGAAUACGAACGAAAGCGAAGAUCAUUUGAGUAAGCAUGUAACUACAGGAGAUAAAUCAUCGGAUAAAGAGAACCAAAUUGAAGGUGGAAAGAAUGAUCAAAGUAAAGAAGAAAGAAAUGCGGCUUUGAAGAGCUCUACGGCCAUUGCUAAGCCUAGGAUAAAACAUAGUGAAUAUCCGCCAGAUUCUGAAACGCUGAUCAAUACGAGACUCAAUGCACUUUUAUAUCACACAAAAGACGAGACUGUUGAUUUAUAUAAGCAGGAAAAUAAUGCUUCUGAUCUCUUGGGCCGAUUGUAUUAUGAUGACUAUGACUCUGAUUCUUCGUCACCUACCAUAGGAUCAGAUUCAUCUACGCCAAUGCUGCCUUCUAGUGCUAGCGAUCGCAUGGGUCCAUCUUCGGGGUACUUUCAAUCCAAGUUGGCCAUUGCUUCUGCUUCAUCCCCAAGCAUAAGUUCAUUGAUUGCAGCGCGCUCACCUUCUUCUCAAUCACUUCAGCGUCCAGAAAUGAAUCGCAUAAAAUCUUUCGAGCGAGGGAUUUCUUUUCAAACCGAAACCGAUAAUCAUGGUCGAUCAUUAACUUUGAAAGUCAAGCAUCCCAAUUUCAAGUUUCGUAGGAAUAAUAAGACUUUUCUUGCUGGUUUCAAUGACAACCAAGAAUCUUUGAGAGCUAUUGAAUGGCUUUUUGAAGAGAUGGUUAUAAAUGGCGAUACUAUAAUUAUACUUCAGGUGCUAGACGAAAAGAGCCAUGAUACCAUAGAUAAUGUUGAAGCUGGUAAAAUUCUUAGUAGGAUAGAGCUAUUAAACAAACACUUCAGAAAAGUCGCAAUAGUUUUCGAAACCGUCAUAGGAAAACCUCAAAAAUUAUUGAAAAGAGCAAUUGAUGAGUUUAAACCUGCAAUGAUGAUCAUUGGAACCCAUCAUCACGAUGACCCAAGCUAUCUUUCCCAUAGGUUCCUUGCAAAGUCUUCCAUGUCAAAAUACUUUUUGGAAUGUGCUUUGGUGCCUGUAAUUGUUGUUAAAACGACAUAUAAAUAUAACGAAACUCUUUCAAAAGAAAUUGAUUCGCCUUCCUAUUUCCAUGAUUGGUUAGCAAAUAUCAAUAUCUCCUCAACCUUUUCAAAAGAAAAAAGCAGACGAUCAAAAUUGAGGUCUUUGAGUCCAUCACCAUCCAGGACUUCGUCUCUGAAAGACAUACGGGCAAUGUCAAAUAAAGGAAACACAGAAGAUUUACUGCAGGAAAGAGGUAGAAGGAGUCAUAAGGAAGAAAAUGAUCGUUUUCGGUUUCUGCUUAGUCCUUCAAGCUCACGAUCAAGAUCUACAUCGAGUUCGCGUCCAGUCUCAAACGGUCUAGCCAAAUUUUUCAGCAGUCAUUGA